CAAUCUUUCCAAGCUAGAAGCUCAACUCAGGGUUCAAGAUUAUCACGUCGACCACUGAGCAUGUGAUUGACUAUACACCGCGACUACUAUCUGGAUCAAGUCAUACAAACCUGCCGUCACAGCCGGCAACUGUAUCGACUUUCGAGACCUUUCAAGUCUCUUGCACAAGUUCGAAAAGGACUCACCAUCCACAACCGCUUGCCUCACACGAUGCCUUCUGCCACAAGAUCACUCGAGUCGAUGGUGCUUCAAGCACAUCGCGCAAAGGGCGUACGGUAUCCCACAUCAGCUCAAAAAGACUGCUUCAAGACAUGGUACUCGUAUGCUUUGCGCAGAGGUGAAGUCGAGAAGGCCAGCUCGACAGUGAUUCGAGAACACGGCAGGCAACUGCGAGAAAUGAGGGAAGCGGCACCCGGCGGCAGGACAUACUUGUAGUACUUCGAUGUUUGUAAAGCAAUUAGGGGCGUACAGGCGCUGAAUGGCGGUGACUUUGACUGACCUCGACCGGCAUAGCGAUAUGGUUUGCAUCUUGAAUCAACAGACUAUAUUGUAUGAUAUCUCAAAGCGCAAGUUGCGCUCAAAUCGAAUGAACGUU